UGGAUCAGAGAUGCCUUUAAUGCAGCAGAUAAAAAUGGUGAUGGUAGUUUAGAUUUUGGUGAAAUUAUGAAAUUAUUAAAAGCAAUAAACGUUGAUGUGAAGAAAAAAUAUGCUCAAGAAAUGUUCGAUGCUGCCAAUGUCAAUAAAAAUGAUAAAAAAGGUCGAGACACCCUGGAUAGACAGGAAUUUAUAACUUUCUAUCAUCAAUUAACACGUAGACCAGAACUAGAAGAACUCUUCAUCAAAUAUAGUCGUGGUAAAGGUGUGAUGCAUGUAUCAGAUAUUUUAUCAUUUAUGAGAGAUGGACAAAGGAGAAUAGAAACUGAUGAAGACUUCUGCCGCCAUGUGAUUGAAAUCUUUGAACCACAAGCUGUUUUUAAGAAUAGAGAACAGUUGAGUUUGAUAGGUUUUACUAAUUUCUUGAAGUCUGAAAAACAGCAAUUAUUUAAUCCUAAUCAUAACAUUGUAUAUCAAGAUAUGACGAAACCAUUUUCACAUUAUUUCAUUGAUUCUUCACAUAACACAUAUUUAACAGAUGAUCAGCUACGAGGACCAAGUAGAGUAGAAGCCUAUAUUACAGCAUUAGAGAAAGGUUGUAGAUGCGUAGAAUUGGAUUGUUGGGAUGGAGCUGAUGGAGAACCAGUUAUAUAUCAUGGUUAUACCUUAACUUCUAAAAUAUUAUUUAAAGAUGUUAUACAUGCUGUUAAACUCCAUGCAUUUAAAGCAUCACCUUAUCCUGUUACUUUAUCAUUAGAAAAUCAUUGUUCAUUGCCCCAGCAGUUAGUUAUGGUGAAUCACAUGAAGACUAUAUUAGGAGAUUCAUUAUGGUCACCAGAAGGGAAAUUUUUGAAGUAUACUCCUUCUCCCCACGAGUUGAAGAAUAAAAUUAUUAUCAAGGGCAAGAGAUUACCAUUAGCAUCACCAGCUGUUGAUGAUGUCAGUGAUGAAGAUGAAUCAGCUGAAAAUAACAAUAACGUUUCACCAACGGAAGCUGUGAAAGAAGACAAACAUAAACAUAAAGUCAAGUUAAUACAAGAACUAUCUGAUAUAACCACUAUGCAGAGUAUCAGUUUUAAAGGUGUUGAAAAAGCUAUGGCUGAAGAUGGUAAUUUUAUUGUAUUUUCACUGGGUGAGAAUAAAAUUGACAAGUUAUUGAGUACACAAGCUAAUGAUGUCAAUACAUUAUCACAUAGUAAAUUAUUACGUAUUUAUCCUGCUGGUUCCAGAACUGAUUCCAGUAAUUAUAAUCCAGUACCAAUGUGGAACUGUGGUGCUCAAGUUGUGGCAUUAAAUUAUCAAACUGGAACUGAACAUAUGCAGUUGAAUCAUGGUAGAUUUUUAGACAAUGGUGGAUCAGGAUAUGUAUUAAAACCUAAUUUCUUAUUAUCAAGUAAGUAUGAGAAAAUGAAAUCAAUUCAAUCUAGUACAUGGCAUUUGUCUGUUUGUAAUAUUGCUAAUAUAGUUGUUAGUGGAUAUCAAAUACCUAAACCUAAAGACUCAUCACGUGGUGAAAUUAUAGAUCCUUUUGUUAAAAUAGAGAUACAUGGUGUACAAUCUGACUAUCAUGAAGUCAGAACAAAAACAGUGGAAAAUAAUGGUUUGAAUCCGAGAUGGUAUGAAAAUUUCUCUCUACGUGUACGAGUACCUGAACUAGCUAUGGUUAGAUUUGUUGUUAAAGAUGAAGAUAGAGGAAGAGAUGAUUUUAUUGGUUAUUAUUGUCUACCAUUUAACAGUAUACAAGAAGGUUAUAGACAUUUCCCACUCUACAAUAAAUAUGGUAGUAAAUUAUCACAAACUAUGAUUUUUGUUCAUAUGACAGUUUUAGAUAAAGUGUGA